GGGCCCUGGCUCAAGACCUCUGCCUCUGGCCUCUCACUCGGGGCUUCCUUCCUGUUCCUCCUUUGUGCCAGGUCCUGUCCCAGAUGUGGUGGCUACUGCCUGGGGGUAUGAGACAGGGCACAGGCCUUACCCACUGUGCAAUCGGGAGAGGGGGGAGGUCCCACCUACCCUGGGGACAUCCCGGGGGAAGGGAUGGUGCAGUGGAGAGUGAGAAGGGAGGGGUGUCCCUGACCCGGAGGGACCCCACGGGGAGGAAGGGCAGCCAGGGGUCUGCAGGCACGCCGAGGAGCUUGAUCUUUGUCAUAAAGGCAGUGGGAACUGUGGACAUUUUUGAGCAGGGGAGAUUCGGGGUGAGAGCUGUAACAAAAAGAUCCCCGUGGUUCCUGUGUGUGGGAAGGAUCAGAGGGAAACGGGAAGCUGAGGGGGUAGAAAUUUGGAGGCCGUGGCAGGGGUACGAUGGGAGGGGCCUGGUGUGGAGGUGGGCUGAGCUAUACUGGCCUCUCGACCAGCCCGUGGGCAGCUGGGACGCCCACCUCACCCUGAUGGCCUUGCGCUGGAGGCUGGGGUGGGAAUCCUCUUGGCUCCAGAAGUCGGUUGACCCUGGAUCAGUCCCUCUCCCUCGCUGGGUGCUGUCGCCCUUAUGGACAAGGACUGGCCUGGCCGGGGGCACCCAGCUGUCCUAUCCCCUCCUGGCUCUGGCUCUGGCUCUGGCUCUGCAGGCUUCCAGCUGCUGGUUCAGGCUCUUCUCUCGGGUGGGCUGCCAGCCCUCCUCUCCUGCUGGCCGAUGGAGCCUGUCGUUACCCGCCUUCCGCCAGCUUCGCCCCCUGAUUACAGGAGCCCCGUCGGCCGCCCACAGGGCCAGUGCUGUGGGGCGCCCCAGGGGCUGGCAGUCUGGAAGGUGGGGGUGAGAUGCAUUUGCCCAAACUUUUGUUCCCUGUUAACACUCAGACUGUUCUGGGUCCAUAUAAUUUAUAAGCUGUGUGUCCUUGGCGGAAACACUUAAACUCUCUGAAUUUCAGUUUUCUACUAUGUGAAGUGGGGACAGCACAUAGAGCAACUCGUGUAAUUGUAGCGCCAUCCUGGGUCCAGAGGAGCUGCUGAGCGAGUGGCUGUUGCUGUUAUGCGUUAGUAAUAAUAAUAGGGGGUGUUGAGCAGAAAGGCCCCGGGCCGGGCACUGAGGGCUGGCAUACCGACCCAGCUCUGUCAGGACAUGCUGUGUGACCCUGGGAGAGUGUCUCCACUGCUCUGGACCUCAGGCUUCCCUGGCUGUGCCAGGCAGAUGAUGGAGAUGGUGGUACUUCGGACAACUCUGUGACACAGGGAAGCUCAGUCCCUGCCCCCACUCUGCCUCUGCUGUCCCUUUGGCUCUGGGGUGGGUGGGGUUGGUAUCCCCAGUUGCCUCCCCCACCUUCCCGCCCCGGGCCUGAUCCCCUGGGCUCUGGGAACCAGGCAGGCAGGUUGUGGCCCUGCCCCACCCUACAGGGUGCUGCCCUCCUGGUUUCAGUCGGCAAAUCUCCCAGCCCUGGUACAGGGCUGGGCUCUUGGGUGAGGUGUGUCCCUGGAGCCCACUGGAGGGACCGGCUGAGCCAGGGAUGGGUCUGGCACAGUGCCCUCAGCUUGGGCCAAUCCAGGGCCGGGACCGGCCUGAAGCCCCCAUGGUUGGCACAGGGCGGAUGUGGUCUUGGCUGGAGAGCGUCCUCUCCGUCGUGGUGUCUUGUCAGUGUAGAGGGGGUCCCGGACCUGCGCUCAUAUCCUGCCUCCGCUGCUUCCCGGCUGAGGGACUUGGCCGUUCUCUGGGGCUCCGUCUCCUCACCUUAAACAUUCCUGCAGUUCAGACACCACCUGCCCCAGGGCUGAGUUGAGGGUUGGGGGGGAUGAUCGAGGUAAGAGGCUUUAGUGCAGGUAUGGCGUGAGCUGGGCUUGGGAGGGCCACGAGAAGGCAAAGCAUCUCCUUAGCUUGGCACUGGAGGCUCUCGGAAGGUACCUUUCUGGGCCCUCUCUCUGAGGACCUCUGUACUCCUUCCUCCCAUCCUGAGCUCAGCAAGCCCCUUCUCUCUGAGCACAGUGGCCCCCAGAGUAACCAGGGAACUUCAGGCCACCUUGGGGCCUCCCCAGUUCUGGCCCAGCCCCCGCUCUCUGAGUGCAGGAAGUAGUGUGAUCCCUAACUUGUCAGUUUGGAGGAUCAGAGAUUAACAUUCUUCUGGCUGCCUUGCCUGCUGGUGGUGCUGGUCCUGGGGUUGGGCCGGGACAGGCCAGGGUUUGCUCCGCCUGUGUCAAGGGCCUCUCCCUGGGUUAGAGGAACCUUAGACAAGAGGCACCUUACAGGAGCCCCCACUAGCAGCGUGCCUCCUCCUUGCCAGGGUGAAGUGCAUUAUGCUCUUAGCCCAUUGAUCUUAUAACCUGAUCAGGCAGAUACUGUUGUGCUGUUUUGCAGAGGGGGAAACAGAGGCUCAGAGAGGGGAAGUACCUUGGCCAAGGUCACACAGCUAGUUGGUAGCAGAGCUGGAACUUGAGCCCAGAGCCUGAAUGCCCAGUGGAGACGGUGCCGUGUUUGCAAGUUGGGGUGAUGCUGGGUCCUGCUGCACCGCCCGCCCCCAGUUCUUCUGUCCAGCCCGAGGGGGGCUGUGGUCAGCUUCCACUCAGAGCUGACUCACCAGCAGCUCAGAAAUGGUGCUGAGGUCUUCCCUGGUGGCACAGUGGUUGAGAAUCCGCCUGCCAAUGCAGAGGACACGGGUUCGAGCCCUGGUCCAGGAAGAUCCCACAUGACGCGGAGCAACUAAGCCCAUGCCUUACAACUACUGAGCCCGCGUGCCGCAACUACUGAAGCCCGUGCGCCUAGAGCCCGUGCUCCACAACGAGAGAAACCACCGCAAUGAGAAGCCUGCACACUGCAACGAAGGGUAGCGCCCGCUCGCCACAACUAGAGAAAGCCUGCGUGCAGCAACAAAGACCCAACGUGGCCAAAAAUAAAUAAAUAAAAUAAAUAAAUUUAUAAAAAAAGAAAUGGUGCUGAGGCCAGCAUCCCAGUCAGCUCCUGGGGUGAGCCCAGCACUGAUUAGAUAAUCUUUGCGAUUUUAGAUCAGCUGAGCCAAUAGGGACCCACCCACACAUUUUGCAAGUAGAAGAUUGAGGUCCACAGAAGAUUGACAAAUGAGGACCCAGUAGGAGUGAAGUUUCCCUGCCAGCUCCGACCAGAGAAAACCGGGAAGAUCCUGACGGAGUUCCUCCGCUUCUACGAGGACCAGUAUGGUGUGGCUCUCUUCAACAGCAUGCGGCACGAGAUCGAGGGCACCGGGGCGCCACAGGCCCAGCUGCUCUGGCGCAAGGUGCCCUUGGAUGAGCGCAUCAUCUUCUCGGGGAACCUCUUCCAGUACCAGGAGGACAGCAAGAAGUGGAGGAACCGCUUCAGCCUCGUGCCGCACAACUAUGGGCUGGUGCUCUACGAGAACAAAGUGGCUUAUGAGCGGCAGGUCCCACCCCGAGCUGUCAUCAACAGUGCGGGCUACAAAAUUCUCACCUCCUUGGACCAGUACCUGGAGCUUGUUGGCAACUCCUUACCAGGGACCACAUCAAAAUCGGGCACUGCCCCCGUCCUCAAGUGCCCCACGCAGUUCCCGCUCAUCCUCUGGCAUCCUUCUGCGCGUCACUACUACUUCUGCAUGAUGACGGAAGCUGAGCAGGACAAGUGGCAGGCUGUCCUGCAGGACUGCGUCCGCCACUGCAACAACGGGAUCCCCGAGGACUCCAAGGUGGAGGGCCCCGCGUUCACUGACGCCAUCCGCAUGUACCGCCAGUCCAAGGAGCUGUACGGCACCUGGGAGAUGCUGUGUGGGAACGAGCUGCAGAUCCUGAGCAACCUGGUGAUGGAGGAGCUGGGCCCUGAGCUGAAGGCAGAGCUCGCCCCCCGGCUGAAGGGGAAACCGCAGGAGCGACAGCGGCAGUGGAUCCAGAUCUCAGACACCGUGUACCGCAUGGUGUAUGAACAGGCCAAGGCACGCUUGGAGGCCGUGCUGUCCAAGCUGCAGCUGGCCCGGCCGGCCAUGGAGGCGGUCAUCCGCACUGACAUGGACCAGAUCAUCACCUCCAAGGAGCAUCUGGCCAGCAAGAUCCGAGCCUCCAUCCUCCCCAAGGCGGAGGUGUGUGUCCGGAAUCAUGUCCAGCCCUAUAUCCCGUCCAUCCUGGAGGCCCUGAUGGUGCCCACCAGCCAGGGCUUCACCGAAGUGCGGGACGUCUUCUUCAAGGAGGUCACCGACAUGAACCUGAACGUCAUCAAUGAGGGCGGCAUCGACAAGCUGGGCGAGUACAUGGAGAAGCUGUCCCAGCUGGCGUACCACCCCCUCAAGAUGCAGAGCUGCUAUGAGAAGAUGGAGCCGCUGCGGCUCGAUGGGCUGCAACAGCGUUUUGACGUGUCCAGCACGUCUGUGUUCAAGCAGCGAGCCCAGAUCCUCAUGCGUGAGCAAAUGGACAACGCCGUGUACACCUUCGAGACCCUUCUGCACCAGGAGCUGGGGAAGGGGCCCACCAAGGAGGAGCUGUGCAAGUCCAUCCAGCGCAUCCUGGAGCGGGUGCUGAAGAAAUACGACUAUGACAGCAGCACCGUGCGGAAGCGCUUUUUCCGGGAGGCUCUGCUGCAGAUCACCAUCCCGUUCCUGCUCAAGAAGCUGGCGCCCACCUGCAAGUCGGAGCUGUCCCGUUUCCAGGAGCUGAUAUUCGAGGACUUUGCCAGGUUCAUCCUGGUGGAGAACACGUAUGAGGAGGUGGUGUUGCAGACGGUCAUGAAGGACAUCCUGCAGGCUGUGAAGGAGGCCGCCGUGCAGAGGAAGCACAACCUGUACCGGGACAGCGUGGUCAUGCACAACAGCGACCCCAACCUGCACCUGCUGGCCGAGGGCUUGCCCAUUGACUGGGGCGAGGAGUACAGCGGCAGCAGUGACAGUGGUGGGGACCCCGGCAGCCCUGGCAUCCCGGAAGCAGCCACCCUCUCGGAAAAGCGCCGGCGUGCCAAGCAGGUGGUGUCCGUGGUCCAGGACGAGGAGGUGGGGCUGCCCUUCGAGGCUGUCCCUGAGCCCCUACCACCUGCGUCCGCAGACAGCAUCACCGAGCUCCGUGGUCUGCUGGCCCGGGAUCUGCAGGCUGAGAGCCCCCCGCUGGCCGGCCCCCUGCUCAAUGGGGCCCCCGCCCAGGAGAGCCCCCAGCCCGGGGCAGCCCCUGAGGCCGCCUCACCGCCUGCCUCACCCCUCCGGCAGCUCCCGCCUGGAAAGGCCUCGGACCUCGAGCCUCCCAAGCCCAGUGACCAGGAGACCGGGGAGCAGGUGUCCGGCCCUGGCGGCCGCCCUCCAAUCCAUACCAGCACCGAGGACGGUGCAGGGGUGCAGACUGAGUUCUAGGCCAGUCGCCCCCGAGCUUCUGUUGGACAUGGCGCACGGGCCACUCCCUGAGGCACUGGAAGGCUCGGCUCUGGGCGGGGAGCGCUGGAUCUCUGCCUUCCAGGUGGGGAUGGGGCCAGGCUGGUGUGGCACCUCUGGGGCGGAGACGGGCCCACCUGAGUCACUUUAUUGGGUUUGGUCACACUUGGUCGGUCUGUUUUCUCUUAUGUGGGAUGAUCUCGGCUUUCCUCCUCCUGCCGGGGGCAGAGCACAGCGGAGGGGGCUGGGAGCGCGCGGUGGCCCUGGGUCCCUGAGUCCUGCGUCCCUGCCCUGCCUCUGUGGCCCGUUUCCCUCGUGGGUCUUGCCGUCCUUGGGAAGAGGGCGGGAAGAGUAGCAUCUGCUGUGACACAGAGCCCAUGGAUCCUCUGCUCGCACCAAAGGGCUCGCUGGAACCAGGAAGACGGAGUGCUGAGGCCCGUCUCGGCCCCGCUCCUCCCUCCUCCUGGCUGGGCCCCAGAGGCCAGUUUUGGAGUGGAUACUGGCCUUGCUGUCCUGCCCCGGGUGAGGGGAUGUGCAAGGAGGGGCCUUCAGGCUGGGGGAGAGCUGCCUCGCGGAGGGGGAUGGGGCCGUGGGCCUGAGGAGAGAACAAGAAAGGCCUGGAACGGGCUGGUCUGGGGAGAGGAGGGAGAGGGCGUGUCUGAGGGAAGGAGGGUGUGACCUCUGCAGAGGUACUGCUGGGAGGGUGGGCGCGGUGGCAGAUGGAGGGCUGCUGGAAGCUGGGCCGUUGCCUCCCCCUCCACUUGCUGGGGUCCAGUCUCCGGAGUUCCUCUGUCCCCGUGCUGGGCUCGGGGGGUGGGGGGCGGUGGCAUGUUGCUCAGUGGCAGGGCCGGGUGGGUGUGGACUCUGCAGGCCACUUCCAAGGUACGCGUUGUCCUCCCAGGGAGCUGCGGGGCUCGUGAGGGGCAGGAGGAUGGGCCGAGGCACCCCAGGGCACCACUGAGCUCUUGCGUCAGGCUGGGGCUCGGCCCCUUGUGCUCUGAGUUUCCGGUCACCCCAUCCUGAAAACUCCAGGACUCUUCAAAUGUCCUGAGUCACGUGGGGGCCCAGCCAUCCCCCUUCCUGGGGUGAGGGUCAAGCCGAGACCAUCCCCAGGGGCUGGGGCCUCCUGGCCUUCCCACACCCCCUCCCCUGCUGCUUGGAGGGGAGGGGAGGGUGGGCAGGGCAGAAACCGAGUCCUUCAGGGUCGUCAACGCCAUCCCAGUCCUGCCUCCUCCAUCCCCUCAUCUCCUUCCUGGACUGGGCCCUGGGACCCACAGGACGUGAAGCACUGGCUGGUGCUCAGGGACCCCCGCCCCCCCCAGUCCCCCAAGCCCUAAACUCAACGCCUCACUAACCUCUUUUACCAACACGUUCCGUCUGAAGAUGCUCUCCUUUGGUGCCUUCUUUUGUGGUUUUCCAAAUCAUCCUCAAAUCUUGUAUUGAAAAUAUUAUGCAAACUGUUUAAGCUUCUACUAAUCAAUAAAUGCUUUAUUUAAA